CUUGAAGAGUCCUCAUUCUCACCGCUCGUCCUCACGCCAAGAUGAUGGUCCCCGAGGGUCUGCAGCAGCUGAUAAAGGACCGUGAUGCGAUGGAGUCCGAGAUGGAGGCGCUGACGGCGUACCUGACGGCUCCGGGCAUGCCCGGAGUCAGAGGCAACCUGCUGGUGAGUCACUCAGUCAUAUGUCAACAAAGAGGAGCACGGAAGCAGCCAACUCACGUUCCGUUUUGUGUUUGUUGCGAGGUGUGCAGGAUGCUGAGGGCUUCCCGCGUGCAGAUCUCGACAUCGUGCCCAUCCGGCAGGCGCGGCACAAACUCGCCUGUAAGCAGACAGAGCAGACACCACACCGGCUCAUGACAUCCAUCUAAGGAGGCGGGAGGACGGCAGCCAGCCAGUGUGUUGGGUGUGGCUGGCGUGGCGUCAGGUUUGCAGACGGACCAUGCGGAGUUGAUGAAGAAGAUUGAGGCGGGGCUGCACGACCUGCACGCACAGGGGGCUGUGCGCGUGCCCAGAGGUGGGUGAGCGACGGAGGAAGGAUAAGAGAGAGGUUUUGAGAGGGAGGACUGCCGUUCGCGGCUCCAAGGAAAUGUAUGGCGGUGGAUGUGUGUGUGUCAGGCCCUGGGUCGUCAUCUUCUUCGUCGGGUCCGAGCAGUCGCGCCAAUGGUGUGGGGCACCGGCCCGCCUUCGCUGUUGUCGGUCGGUAUUCUCUCUCUCAUCGACACACACACACACUCAGGCAGACCAGCCAUGCGCAAGUAGCGAGUCAGUCGUAUGGAUGCCAUGCAAUCGGGUGUGGUGUGUGUCCUGAUUUACCUGACUGACAGAUGAGGUGUCCGCCGGGUCACCGUCCGAGGCUGCUGGACUGCAGAUCAGUAAGUUACGUGUAGCUAACUAGACAGACAUGCAAUGAACGCAUUGCUGUUCGUUCCGUCAUCGCGUCAUGUCAUGCAGAUGACCGCAUCGUGGCCUUUGGGGAUGUGGACGCCUCGACGCCUGACGGAUUCAAGUCAGUCAGUCAGUCAGUCACUUGGCUGGCUGGCUAUCUAUCUCUCCAUCCACCUUGUUUGCUGCUGUGACCCCUGCGCUCAUCCCUCCCUCCCUCAGGAGCAUUGCGCGAGUGGUGCAGGAGAACGUCGGCAGAAACGUCAACGGUCCGCACCCACACACGCACACACCAUCCAGGGGCUUGCUCACUGUAUCCCCCUCCGCACGGCGCGUGUGUGUGUCGUGUGGUGCACAUGACUGCAGUGGUGGUGCGUCGUGAGGCCCGUGAGAUGGCCUUGUCGCUGCGGCCGCAGACCUGGUCGGGGAGGGGGCUGCUAGGCUGCCACCUGCAGCCCAUGAAGUGAGAGAGAAAGGAGAGACUGUUGGUUGUAUUGCAAUUGGUGAAGCAGGCCAAGCCCAUUGUGAAGGAAGGAAGGCGAGAGAGACUGACUGACUGCAGGAAGUGGCCUCAUGUGUACGUCCGUAUGGAGUGGCCGUGGUGGCAGAGAUCUCUGGUUGACAAUUGGUGUGGAGCUGCGUGAGUGCGUGCGGCGUUUAUGAGUCGUUUUUGAUGAUGAAUAUGCC